CAACUGACAACUAAAAACCACUCGCCACACAGUACUCGCUACCACUACCCAAAAAAAAAUCCCCCACCAUGGACGAAGACGAUACCAUUACCACCACCACCACCACCACCACCACCACCACCAACAACUUGGUAGUACCAAACCCGCAGGCCCAAACCCAGACACGCCGGCCACGUGGAUUCGCAGCCGUAGCGGCUGGAGGCGCAUCUGGAAACAAGGGAAAAAAGGAGAGGGAGAAGGAGAAAGAGAGAACGAAGCUCAGAGAGCGACACCGCCGCGCCAUUACAAGCCGCAUGCUUGCCGGUCUCAGGCAGUACGGUAAUUUCCCGCUCCCGGCGCGUGCCGACAUGAACGACGUACUCGCCGCGCUGGCGCGUGAGGCCGGGUGGGUCGUCGAGGCCGACGGGACCACGUAUCGACAAUCGCCGCCCACGCCCGCACCCGCACCCGCUCCUUCCCAAUCCCAAUUGCCGCAAUUGGCAGCGGCAUUUCCGGUUGAGAGUCCACUAUCUGCUUCUGCUUCGGCUAUGAGUUUGACACAUUGUUCUGUCAAACAAACAACAAUAGAGUGUUCACCGUCACUUCUUGGAAUUGAUGACAGCUUGUCACCAGCUUCUCUUGAUUCAUCUGUUGUAAUAGGAGAGAGAGACAGAGAGAUGGAUACUAAAUAUACCACUGCAGCCUCAGCCUCUGCAAGCCCCAUCAAUUCGACUUCGGUCCAAUGCGGUAUAGAGCUUAUUCAAGAUAUUCAUUCUGGGGAGCAUGGGAAUGGUUUUACAAGCACUCCAUAUGUCCCUGUUUAUGUAAAGCUUCCGACUGGUGUUAUCAACAAUUUCUGCCUGUUGAUUGAUCCUGAAGGUGUUAGACAGGAGCUUAGUCAUUUGAAGUCUUUAAAUGUAGAUGGUGUUGUUAUUGAUUGUUGGUGGGGUAUUGUUGAAGGCUGGAGUCCACAGAAAUACGUAUGGUCUGGCUAUAGGGAACUCUUUAACAUCAUCCAGGAAUUCAAGCUGAAUUUGCAGGUUGUGAUGGCAUUUCAUGAGUAUGGAGGAAAUGACUCUGGAGACACGUUGAUUGCCCUUCCACAAUGGGUUAUGGAGAUUGGAAAAGACAACCCGGAUAUAUUCUUCACAGAUCGUGAAGGUAGGAGGAAUCCUGAAUGUCUGUCAUGGGGCAUUGAUAAAGAACGAGUUCUAAAAGGAAGAACUGCCAUUGAGGUCUAUUUUGAUUUCAUGAGAAGCUUCCGGACAGAAUUUGAUGACUUGUUUGCAGAGGGUCAAAUUUCUGCUGUAGAGAUUGGACUCGGGGCAUCUGGGGAGCUGAAGUAUCCUUCUUUUUCUGAAAGGAUGGGAUGGAGAUAUCCUGGUAUUGGUGAAUUUCAGUGCUAUGAUAAGUAUCUACAACAAAGUCUGUGCAGAGCAUCUAAAUUGCGGGGGCACUCAUUCUGGGGUAAGUGUCCUGAUAAUGCCGGUCAAUACAAUUCUAGGCCACAUGAAACUGGGUUCUUUUGCGAACGAGGUGAUUAUGAUAGCUACUAUGGCCGCUUUUUCCUCCAUUGGUAUGCACAGACAUUAAUAGACCAUGCAGAUAACGUUUUGUCUCUUGCAAGCCUUGCGUUUGAUGAAAUAAAAAUAAUUAUUAAGGUUCCUGCAAUUCAUUGGUGGUACAAGAUUGCUAGCCAUGCCGCGGAAUUAACAGCAGGAUUCUAUAACCCAACAAACCAAAAUGGAUACUCUCCAGUUUUUGAGGUCCUGAGAAAACACUCGGUGACAUUGAAGUUUGUUUGCUUGAGAUUGCAAGUUUCUGGUCUGGAAAAUGAUGAAGCAUUGGCUGACCCAGAAGGUUUAAGUUGGCAGGUUUUGAACUCGGCCUGGGAUCGAGGAUUGACUGUAGCCGGUGAGAAUGCACUUUCAUGUUAUGAGAGAGAAGGGUACAUGAGAAUUGUUGAGAUGGCCAAGCCAAGAAGUGAUCCUGAUCGCCGCCAUUUUUCAUUCUUUGUUUACCAACAGCCAACCCCUUUGGUUCAAGGAACAAUUUGCUUCUCAGAGUUGGAUUACUUCAUUAAAUCCAUGCAUGGUGAGAUUGCAGGUGAUCUACUACCAUGAUAAUGUGUGGAUCCUUUUUUUCCUUAUGAAUGAUACUAUUAAAACAAGCUGGUUUCAACUUGAGGCCAUUUAAGGGGACGAGUGGCAUGUAGGCUACUGAUUUUAUGGUGGCUUAAACAACCCGUGCAGUCUAAUUACCUGGUGUCUUAGAUUAUUCUAUAUUAUAAUUAGAAUUAUGUCUCCGCUUGCUAAGGCAAGGGCUGAGGUAAAUGGGUGUUUAAAAAGUCAGACGUCAAAAGAAUUUUAUGUUCACUAAUUCCAGUCAUUGUACAUAAAUUAUGUUAAUUACUUGAGAAGUUUCAUGUAUUCAUAUGAGCAACCACAGUCAAGAAGGCAUUGUUGAUAAGGCCUAGUUGAUGAUGUAUUAGCACUUGAAGUGGCAAAAGUUAGUGAUUUAAUAGUAAAUUCUUGCAACUGCAAUCUUCAAUUGAUGAGGCUCACUGAAUACUUGGAAGCAAGCUGGGUCUAGCCAUCUAGAGACGGGUUGUCCGCUUAACCCAGAGAGAAUUACGCCAUCAGUGUAAAAGGAGUUCCAUGGACAACGAAGAUUUGAGUGCCAAAAACAGUUCUGCUGCAAGUGAUUGCUGGGUAAUCUCCCUAGGAAUAAAACCAAAAAAGCCUAGGUCUUGGCAGUGAUCCUUAUUGGUUGAGUUUGCCAGUGAUUGGCCUUGGGCCUCUCAUUAUGGUGUUGGGUCGAAUUGGGUGGCUUUAGUUCCAAGCAGUGGCAACAGGACCUACUAAUGGUUGAUUCUUGUGACUAGACUUGGUGCUACACCUGUGAUGGCCUCGUUCACUUCCUCAUUGUGUCUUCCUCACAUGAUAUCAUUGUAAGCAUUUUUUCCUACUCUAUGUGAUGGAUUUUUGACGGUGGUGGUGGGGUGGGGAAAUGAAGCGGGCAGGCGUCUUUAUAGACGAAACUUGGCUCUAAUACCACCAUUGGUCCCUUGUGUAUGGCAGUCUUGUUUAAAGUAGUGAUCAUUUAUGGCAAGACUUGUGUUUUUGCGAGGCCAAUGAUGGUGUCAGAGCUGAAUGCAAAUGAAAGUACUAUUAUUUAUAGGCAAACAUGCACUCCUUGAGAAUAGACAUAUUUGUAAUAGACGUAUUCAUUUAAGGAACAAGUUUAUCUAA